CCAUCAUGCUUGUUUUGUCACUCACGUCAGUUCAAUAGAGGUUAUUGGCAUUUGGCACCGAUUUUAUUUCUAUUGUAAUUUGUUUUGGAAUAACUGGGAAUAACAUUUUACAAAAAUGUUCAAAGAUCAUUUUUUUUAUGUAACACUAACCAUAGCUUGUAUUGGAGUAUGGAGUGUUGAGAGUAAAGUUUUAUCCUCUAUUGAUAAAGUUUACAAAAAAGGUGUCUCAGCAUACUCGGGUGAGAGAUGGACCGAGUGUAUAACACAAUUUGAAGAAUCCCUUUAUUUGUAUAAGCUUUACAAAUCAGUUGCUGUUAACUGUAGGCUUAAGUGUAGAGCUGAACCAUACGAAACCCACAUUAAAGAAAACAUAGAGGAUUUGAAGAUUUAUGAAAAGUUCUUGAAUAAAAGAAAGUGCUUACUCAAAUGUCUAGAGAAAGGUUUUGAUGAUGUCCGUGUUUCAAGUGAUGUACAUGAGUCAACACUCUUCAAUAUUCAGGCAAGAAAACCAUAUGAGUAUUUACACCUUUGUUAUUUCCAAAUGUAUGCGUUUCAAAAAGCGGCAUCUGCUGCAUACACAUUUCUUAUAGCCAACCCCAAAGAUGAGACUAUGAAGAAUAACCUUAAAUACUAUAGUGAACAACCAGAAGUUGAUAUAAAUGAAGUUGUUGACCUAGAGAGUGAAGAUUAUAAAGUCCUUUACCAUCUUGGCCUAAAAUCCUACAAAAAGAAUAACUGGGCUGAAACUGUAGCCAGCAUGGAAGAAGUUUUGACAGACUAUAUGUCUUCCGAAAAUGUAUGUCGUGCUGAAUGUGAGAGGCAACCAGAACAGGAAUCAACUUCAGAAUUUGUUUUGACUGUAUCUAAUAAUGUUGCCUCACUUUUGCAUUGUCAUCAACAUUGUCAAGAAAAACUUAAAAGUCUGGAAUACAACUCUGGCAUAGAAUUUCUUGCGGAUGUGCUUAACUAUUUACAGAUAUCUUACUACCAUCUAGAUAGAUUUGAAGAUGCUGCAAAGGCUGUAGCAAGCUACUUGGCAUUGAUGCCAGAUGAUGAAGAUAUGUUAGAGAAUAAAAAAAUGUACAGCACCCUUACAGAUGCAAAAUCAUUUUCAGAAAGAGAAACUAUAAUCUAUUAUAUGAACCGAGACCUGUAUGAAAAAAAACUCAUUGAAUUAUUUCAUCAAGAAUUUAAUGAUUAUCACACUCAAUCCAAUGCUGUUUGAGUAUAUUUCAUUUGUUUUUAAACAAAUGUAAAACCAAGUGCCAUACUUACUUUUAUAUCUAACUUUAUUAUUAAGUAAAACCAAAGUUGCAAAGUUUUUGAAUCAAUUAACCAUUGAGGUGUAGUGUAGUAAAUAACUUCUAUUAACAAGCUUUUGGAGGAUGCUAUUGACUGUACUAAAUGAUAAGAAAAUGGAACAAAUGUGAUAAGAAAAAGUGCCAUAUUUACAAAACUUCAAAUAAUAAUAUUAUAUUUUUAGAUUUUUUAACUAGUACUUACUAAUUAUGAAAAAAAAUAACGCAUUUAUAUUUUUCAAAAAUAAAUAUUUUUUAUUAUAUUAAUAUUA